CAGUUCUAUUCAAGAACCCAUAUCUUAUAGUAUUAUUUUUGUUCUUUUUUAUCGAUCUUCCUUGUUCAUUCUUGCCCAUUUUCUUCCGUCUUGAUCUUCACAUUUGUGUUGCCAGUUCAACAUUUCAUCGAGAUCAAGGUUCUUUAUUUGCUGUUUCAGAAGCACAUUGCAACUAGAUUCGAGAUGUGCGUAAAUAUCUUGUAGGACAAUCUUGGCAAUUCAGUGAGUUGAUUGAAGAAAUAUAGAAAAGUAUAACGUAGAUUUUGCUUUUGGAUGCAAGUAAUCUUCUGACAAGUAUGGCUAGUACUUCAUCAAACUUGGAUCCAAAUCUCACUGACAACACAAAUACUGAAAAGGAUCUCAGCUUCUACCUACCACUGUAUAAGGCUGCAAUCAAAGGUGAUUGGGAGAGUGCUAGUAUAUUAUUUGAUUCAAAUCCAGAAGCAGUCACGGCCAGGAUCACAAAGAAUUUGGAGACAAUUCUUCACAUUGCAGUUGGAAGAAGUGAAGCAAUUCAUUUUGUGGAGAAGUUAGUGGAAUUGAUGCCAGAUGAAGCAUUGCCUCUGACAAGUAAAUUUAGUGAGAAUGCCCUACACUACGCUGCCAAAUAUGGCAAUACCAAGGCAGCAAAUAUAUUAGUGACCCGAGAUCCAGGUUUAUCUCACAUUUGGAAUGAUACCAACUUAUUACCUCUCCAUUUAGCUGCACUUUUUGGGCACAAGGAAAUGGUUCUGUUUCUAUUGUCUGUUACCAAAGACAAUAUACAGCCGAACCCUUUUGCAGAUAAACCUGGAAUUACUCUCCUGAUGGCUAUAGUACACUCAGGAUUCUUUGAUGUGGCUCUGGAUCUUGUUCAGUGUUAUCCUAAGUUGGCUGUAACUAUAUCUCCAGGUGGCAACACAGCUUUGAGUAUUUUAGCUGGAAAGCCUUCAGCAUUUCUGAGUGGAAGUUCCUUAGGGUUUUGGCAGAAGUUCAUCUAUUCAUGUGUUCCAGUAAAGUUGGCUAAAAUCUCUUACCGCCAGAAUAGAAAUGACAUUGAGAACUUUUCUGAGCCACCACCGAAGCACAUUGGUAUAUGCUACCGUGUUCUGAUUCAAAAUUUCAGAAAAGAUUACCUACUUUUUGCAUGCCAAAAGUUGCAUAAGAAAUUCUGGGAAGUCAUACAAGCAAUAGUGCCGCAUGUUAAGCAUAUACAUGAAACAAAGUUGAUGCAUUGCCAAGCAAUUGAACUCGUCAAGUUCUUAUGCAUGGAAAUUCCACACACAGAUAACUCUACUUCUGGCUCCAUAUAUAAACCAGCAGUCAUUAAUGCAACAACUCUUGGACAUUAUGAAGUUUUGGAAGAAAUUUUGAAGGCAUUUCCUAGUGCAAUUUGGUCAUUAGAUAAGGAGAACCACGAUUUGUUCCAAAUGGCUGUUAUUAACAGACACGAUACUAUUUUCAAUCUCCUAUAUGAGUUGGAUGAGCAUGCACAUUUGGUGACACAAAAUACUGAUAAUCACGACAACAAUAUAUUGCACUUGGCUGGGAAGUUGGCACCUCAGCACCGUCUUAAUCUUGUAGCUGGUGCAGCUUUGCAGAUGCAACGCGAGUUACAGUGGUAUAAGGAGGUACAAAAAUUUGUGACGCCAAGCUACACUGGAAAGGAAAAUUCUGAAGGGAAGACGCCUGCUAUGGUUUUUACCGAGGAACACAAGGAUUUGAUAGAAAAGGGUGAAGACUGGUUGAAAGAAACUGCUAAAUCAUGCACAUUUGCCGGAACUCUUAUUGCCACAGUUGUGUUCGCUGCGGCCAUAACAGUGCCAGGUGGUAGUAGUGGUGAGAGUGGAAUACCCAUCUUCGAAAAGGAAAGGCCUUUUAUUGUCUUUGCCAUUUCAAAUGCUGUCUCUUUAUUUUCGUCUGUUACUUCUGUGUUGAUGUUCUUGUCUGUUCUCACCUCACGCUAUGCUGAAACAGAUUUUCUAUACUCCCUCCCAAAUAAGUUAAUCAUAGGUCUUCUUAACCUACUUCUUUCCUUGGGAACCAUGACGAUAGCUUUCAGUGCCGCAAUUUAUAUUGUUUUCGGGCAUAAAAAGACCAUGAUCCUUAUUCCACUCAUUGUGUUAGCCCGCCUUCCAGUUAUCUUGUUUUUGCCCUUACAGUAUCCUCUUCUAAAGGAUAUGAUCAGAUCAACAUAUGGCCCUGGAAUUUUUGGUAAGCGAAAGAAAUCCUUGUUUGAAAAAUUGGGGGCUAGAUAAGAGUUUCGUUUAUCUUGUUUGAACCUUUCUAAUUGUAUUUUCUUUUGAAACUGCACCCUAUCAAUGUAUAAAUUCAAAUUUACUGUAUUGUCAGAAUCAAGCGUGCAGUACCUUAAACAAAGCCAGCAUGGGUUGUUCAGUACCGAGGAUAGAAGGAUAGAACAGGAUUAAGUGAGAAAUAUAUUUCACAAAUUUACCGGUUGUAAUGUUGAGUUUGACUCUAUUGUACCUAGAAUUUUUGAUGUUCGAACUCUUCGAAAUAA